CGGACACCUCUCCCCCUUCAUUUUCCACCAUUUCCAGCACACGUGGUUGCUCACAAUCGCGCUCGCAGGCAUCGUGAUCGGAUGCCUGCUCCCUCCCUCUCACCACCACCUCGCCACCCUCGCCCCACACCACACCCUCCCCCCUCAUCUCUAUCGCCUUGGCGACAUCAACCAUCCCCCCACACGCACUAUCCCUAUCUCAAGGUGGUGGCAUGGGCCCCAUCCGCGACCCCCAACCCGCGCGCGCUUCCAAGCGCGGCAUCAAUUCCCCCGCCCCUCAAAAGCGUCGCCCUUUCCAGCACCGCCUCCCUUACCCCUCUCACGUGGACGGCAAUGAUACUCGCCUGCGCGUCAUGCGCAGAUAUAGCGCGCUCGACCUCCCCCUUCCCCCAUCCCCACCCCCACCUUGGCUUGCGGCCGGAGCCGUGGUGGGGUGUUGGAUACCACUCGCCCACACCCUUCCCUACCCCCUACCUAACGCGUGCUCGGUCGUGCCCGCUUGCGCAGGCUCGAUGACACGUGUCACGCUGGCGAAAUUUUUCGUCGGCGCGUUUUUACUCUUUUUCUCUACCUCCCGCGUUUCCUAGCGCUUUCUUUGUACAUUGUAUAUAAUACAAUACAUAUAUCACUCAUUUGCUA